CACCAGACCUCUACACCAGUAGAUAGCUAUCUAGAAGUGAUUUCGAGAAGUCUGCUUUAGCAAGCAGUGUUGUUUUUUAUUUUGGUCGUAUCGCAAUCAUUACUCAUAGUUCAAUCGGACACGACAAUUCGCUAAAUUUUAAUCCCUGUAAUUUCAACUAUUUGGCACGCAUUACAAGAAAAAAACUGAGAUUGGCGUUAAAUCCCUUGAUCUUAACGAGGACUUCAACUAAUGUAAACAAUGGCUAAACAGAUCUUUACUGGCCUGGAACUGUUUCACAUAAUAUCCUUCAUAUGCCAGGGAGCUACCUUGUCUGUCUCUGGAUUUAAAACUUCUUAUACAUGGGAACACACGUUUUAUGCCGCUGAAAAUUGCGCCCUAAAAGAGUUUGCGUAUGCAAAAAUAAAUGCGCGAUCUCGUGUCAUCUGCGGACGGGAAUGCAGCAUGGAUGAGCAGUGCCAGUCGUUUAACUUUAACGACUGCAGUAAAAUGUGCGAGUUGAACCUCGCCACCAGACGAGAGCAUCCGGAAGACUUCAACGCAACUCAAGGGAGUGUGUACUUUGAUGCAGAUGAGGACACACCUCUCUACUCACUGACUGAUAGCUCCUUGAAUCACUACAAAAGUUGCAAGAUGCUCUUGGAUGCCGGUUAUCGUUCAAGCGGUACCUACACAAUCUACCCAGAGGGAUUCGGUAAAGGCGGUCUUCGUGUCUACUGUGACUUGCAAACUGACGGCGGAGGAUGGAUCGUGUUUCAGAGGCGACAAGAUGGCAGCGUGGACUUCUACCGUAACUGGGCCGAGUACCAGUCUGGCUUUGGCGAUCUGUCCGGUGAGUUCUGGUUGGGCAAUGACAAGUUGGUGACUCUGACGUCUGAUGAUUCACGUGGAACAUGGGAGCUACGCGUUGAUUUAGAGGACUGGGAGAACAACACGGCAUGGGCAAAGUACUCAGAUUUCCAAAUAUCCCCGGGUGAGUACAAUCUGACUAUUGGUCGAUACGAUGUCACCAGCACCGCCGGUGACUCUCUUGAGUAUCAUAGAGGAAGCCCCUUCACAACAAAGGAUCGUAACAAUGAUGCAGUUAAUUAUAAUUGUGCCCAACACAACUCUGGAGCCUGGUGGUUUAAUUGGUGUUUUGCCUCCCACUUGAAUGGUCGCUACUACCCAUAUGCGAAUGAAGGUAGUUACAAUGGCGUGCAAUGGCUUUAUUGGAAACCAGUUCCUUAUUCUCUGAAAUCAUGUAGCAUGAAAAUGCGUGAAAUUGCACCAUGAAUGAAGAUUGUUCUUCUAGUGCAUGUAAACCAUAGAUGAUUGUUCAAUCAUGGUCAUCUAGUACCAUUUCGCGCCUUAAAUUUGCAUCACUUUUGAAUGGUUCACAUGCAAAUUGUAAAUCUGUUCAAAAUUAGGUGUUGUUGUAAAUAAAAGUUCACGUGCACAUGCAGUGCUAGCUGUACAUCUCUUUUCGGAAAAUAGAAGAAAGCGUACUUUCCCCUCACAUUGAAAACGCAUCAAAUCGCCUUUGCAAACACUGUCUAAUUUAAAUGGUGAAAAAAAUCACCCAAAUGGGGGAAAUGUGAUACAGAAAAGAACCUAGCUUGCUUGUUGACUCUAAUUUGAAAUUUAAUGCUGCCUUAAAUCCGCGUUCUAUCGCCAAA